AUGGACAUUGGAACGGCCAUGUCUGUAGCUCAAACUUUGUUUGCAGCAUUGCAGUGUUCGCAGCUCAAUGAGAUUUGUUCCAUUGCUGGCUACAAAUCCAAACUUGAUGAACUGCGUGCCACCGUCGUAAGAAUCAAAGCUGUGCUCAAGGAUGCUGAGGCCAAGCAAGUGCUGUCCGAACAAGAACAGCUCUAUAUUGAAGAACUCAAGGAUGCUGUUUAUGAAGCCGAUGAUCUCUUCGAUGAGUUUGUCACUCUUGCUCAGCGUAAGCAGCUCACCAAGGGUAUCAAGGUUCGUGUGCUUUCUCUUUUCACCAAGUUUGGUACUGCUUACAAUAUGGCUCAAGGGGUUAAGAGGAUCAAGAAUAAGCUGGAUGCUAUUGCUUAUGAUAAGCGGUUCAGCUUGACCAUUGAUCCCAAGCCUAUUAAGAAUCGAAGGCUUGAAACCUGUUCUUAUGUGUAUGAAGCUGAUAUCAUUGGAAGAGAACCUGAUUUGGAGAAGAUUGUUGGUGUGUUGCUUGAUUCCAAUGUUCAACAAGAUGAGUUGCUUGGUGUGCAAGGGGUUCUUGAUAAUAUUCUAGCUUCAGCUACGGGUAAUAAGAUGAAUGAGGGUUGUACCAUGGAUUGGUUGCAAAGGAAACUCCGAGAACAACUUGCUGGGAAAAAGUACUUGCUUGUUUUGGAUGAUGUAUGGACUGAAAAUUUUGAGCGAUGGCAUACAUUAAAGCAAUAUUUGAUGGAAGGUCGGAAAGGAAGUUGGGUUGUGGUUACAACACGUUCACAUGUAACUGCACAAAUUUUAGGAGAUGGUCUAAGGCACGAGCUAAAAGGCUUGUCAAAAGAAGAUUCAUUAUGUUUAUUUAAAAGAGUAGCAUUUGGAUCACAACACUCCAAUCCUCCCGAAGACUUGGUCAAUAUUGGUGAAGGUAUUGUAGAGGAAUGUGCUAACGUCCCUCUUGCAAUUAGAGUGGUAGGAAGUCUUCUCUACGGGCAAGAAAAAAACAAGUGGCUUUCAAUUCAGAAGCUGGGAUUAGCAGAAGUCAAAGAAAGCCAAGUUAGUAUUAUGCCUAUAUUGAAACUUAGCUACUAUAAGCUUGAAUCUACAUUAAAGAGUUGUUUUAGCUACUGUGCAAUUUUCCCAAAAGAUUAUGUGAUGGAGAAGGAUACAUUGAUUAGGCUUUGGAUGGCACAAGGCUACAUCCCAUUUAAUGAUCCUCAGAGUCCGGAAGAUCUUGCCGAAGAAUACUUCUCAAUUUUGUUGCGGAGAUGUUUUUUCCAAGACGUGAGCAAAGAUGAAGAUGGUAAUAUUAUGUCAUGUAAGGUACAUGAUUUAAUGCAUGAUGUUGCUCAAGAAGUCGUGGGAAAGGAGAUAUGCACGGUGAAAGCCAUGAAUGGGAACAUGGACAAAAAAGUACGACAUCUUAUUGUACAAGGUAAAUCUUUAAAUUAUCUUUCUAAUAAGACCCAUAUACGCUCAUUUAUUCAAACAAAAUUUUUGAAUGGAUUUUUCUCGAUGGAUCAUCUUUGUGUGGAUUUAUUAGUAGCUAAUUGGAAAUGUUUAAGGGCUUUGGACUUGAGUAGAUCAAGGAUCAAGAGUUUGCCGGGCUCAAUAGGUGACUUGAUACAUUUGAGGUAUCUAGACCUCUACUGCAAUAGUGGUCUAGAAUUUAUUCUGGGGUCAAUUACAAAACUAUAUAAUCUCCAGACUUUAGACUUUAGAUCUUGUAUUAAUUUGAAGGAGUUGCCAAAAGGUUUGGGGAAGAUGGUUAAGUUGAGGGUCUUGGCUUUACAAGAUUGUAAUAAGCUAAGGUAUAUGCCAAGAGGCAUAGGUAUGUUGACUUGCCUUCACACUCUUAAUGAGUUUGUGGUAGGGGGAACAAGUAAGAAGGAGGUGUUUGAUGGGCUAGAAGAUCUAAAAGCUCUAAGAAACCUGAGAGGUUCUCUUCGUAUCAGUAUCCGAUUUAUGAAAGCAAGUGCAAGCACUUAUAACAUAAAUGAAAGAAGGGAGGAAGGGUGCCUGAUUAACAAGGAACAUCUCAAAAAAGUAAAUUUAAUCUUUGAUGUCGAUGACAGUGAUGAGGAGUCAGAGGGAAGGGAGGAGUAUGAUGAAGCGGUGAUGAAAAUGUUGCAGCCACCUUCUAAUCUCAGGGAGUUAUAUGUGUAUGGAUAUCAUGGCGUGAGAAUGCCACGCUGGCCAAGGGAAGAUCGCCUAGCAACUUUUCUCCCCAAUCUUGUUCAGAUAAAGUUUUACGAUUGUUGGAAUCUACAAAAUUUGGGACAAAUAAGGUUUCCUCAUUUGAAAAUGUUAUAUGUGGAGAAUUGCCCAAACUUAACUGGUAUACUGGAGUGUCCUGCAUUGGGACACCUAGGAUUAACCAAUUUCAAUGACAGAUUGGAAAUAAUCGACAUCAGUUCCAAUUUCAAGAAGGUUAAAAUAGACAACUUGGCAUGGCUUGAUUCGCUGCAUUUUCAGAGUGGCGCGAAUAAAGCCAUCAAGAAUUUUGCUUGUCUCUCUGCCUUGGAGGUGUUAAAAAUUAUACAAUGCUCUAAUUCAAGUCUAUCUGUACUAGCUGUAGUGCCAUCAAGAGAGCUUCCCUUUUGUCACUCCCUCCGCUCCUUGACAUUGAGUGGUGUCUCUGAGAUGUCUGCUAUGAAGGGUCUGGAGACUUCUGUACUUCUGCCAAAUUUGAUGCAGUCUGCUAUAAAGUGUUAUCUAGGCACUCAUAUCCAAAUGUUCUAA